AUGAAUUAAGUUAAACAGGAUAAUCCAUUAUAAUCUAAUUACGAGCAGUCUCGAAUUGGAGUUGCUUUUGGUGACGAUUUUGAAAAAGGUCCAGUUUCCUUUAGAGCUGAAGUCCACUUUAAUGAGUAAAAGGCAAUAGAUUAAUAUGAUACACUCAAGAAUAUAGUUGGAGAUCAUAUAGAUAUUGACUGGGCUCUUGUUUGUUUCCUCCGAUAUUAACCAGGCAAAAAGGAAGCCUUGAUUGAAUCAAUAUAAAAAAUAAAGGAUAGACCUCGAUUUGAGGCCUUUGAAUGUAAGAUUCACUCAGAUGAAACCUAUGUUUAUUUCAGCAUUAAACUUAGAGAGGAUGAAGAAAGUAAACUGAAAGGAAGUCUUGAAGUGAUUUUAGAAAAUGGAUUAAGAGAGAUGGUAAAGAAGUAAGAUAAUUAUUUAAACUUUGAAUUUGACGCAAACUAUGAUUUUGAAGAAUUGGUAUAAGCUGUAUCUAAAGGAGAGAGAGUGGGAGCAGCAUUCUUGAAACAAAUUAGAGCUGAAUUGAAUUUAUAUUUGACGAAGAACUUUUAUCAAGGAAUAGAAAAAUUCGUUGAAGGAAUCGAUAAAGAAGCCUUGGAGUCUCCUCCUUUGGCAUUCUUAAAACAUUUUAAGAAUUUAGAUAUGGAUUUGAGAUUCAGAUCAACUGAUGAAUUACCAUAAGUCAUCAAGAAUUAGAUGAUAUUUGGAGAGGAAUUUCAGACCUUGGCCUAGGAAGAAUUAUAAUUACCUAUCAAUCGUACAAAAUAAGUAAAUGCUAUUAUGGAAGCAGCCGCAGAUAAUGGAUUCAUUUAUUUGACUAUUUCAGAUUUAUUUGCCCUUAAGGUUGAAUCGCAUACACCGAAAUUGUCUACUUUUUUAACAAAAUACGGAAAGUACUUGGCAAAAUUAGUAGGAUUAGGAGAAUUUGUUCCAGAAGCAUGAUAUUAAAGAUAAUUAUUAAUAAUAAUUGCGUUA